GGUAUCAUGACCAAUGUUUUUCCAAGCGAUUACCAUUACUUAAUGCAAUUAGAGAUGAAUAUGAAUGAGCGUUUGUUUUCAUUCGAGUAAAUAUUCGUGUUCAAACACGAACAAUGGCCAUUUAAUAUUAGUUUAUGGAAUUGAAAACAAGAGGAAAAUAAUAGAUAUGUAUAACAGGUUGGGAAAUGAUCGCUAGAUAGUUGUGACAGUCUGUGAGCGGGUCUAGUGUAACAAGGGUUCUGCUGACCAAAGAACAGCAUAGAAGGAUAACUGGAAUCUUUUUGAUUUUUAUUGGAUAUUCAGAUGUUGUGAAAAGAAUUGCAUUUAGUGACGAUACAAUAUGGACAAGAAGAAGGACCCACAGGAUUUCAAGAUCAUCCCCAGCAGCGAGGCUGUGUAUAUGAUAAUCAGGUUCCGGGAUGAAAUGGAAACCAGAAUCAGGAACGCCCUGGCUAUUUCCAAACGAGCCGUGGAGAACUACCACGGAAAGAUCAUCGGAAUAUCCGGGGAAGUGAACGUGUACGAGGAGGACCUGAGUAAGUGGCCGGCUGACCGCCGCAUCCUCAUCAUCUACUUCUCGGACCAGGCUAACGCGGUCAGGUGGCUCAACAGUGACAAGUACUUCAAGAACGAUGACUUCCCCCAGCCCAGCGACACCCUGCAGAUCUUCCUGAUCCCCGUCCACUACACGGCGGACAAAGCAAAUUACACAUUUCAUCUACAAGAGCUGGGAAAUUGCAAGAACUGGGAUAAAUUGAAUGACGGUUACGUAAAGAACGCGGCCAAAUGUAUGGAUGGCUUCAAGGUCCAGCACGGAGCAGCUUACACGACGGACGCCGAGGGACUCCGAUGUUCCUUCGUCCGGAAGGGAAACCUCGUGGUUCUACAUAGGUUCCAGUCCAUAGACCACUUCGAAAGCUUUUAUUAUUCAAAGGCCUAUGAUACUUUGAAGCAGUUUAGAAGAAGUCUGUGUGAUUGCAAUUCUGUCGUCUUUACCAUUAACCCAGACCUAAGAAAUCCGUGAAUCCCGGGAAUGCAAUGACGUCAAAGCAAUACGUGUACCCAUAAUUCCAUUCGCCGCUUUUCCGUCCCCAAUAGAGAUAGCAAGGAUAUUAUAAAACUGGGUUAUGUCCCUUUUGAUUCUGCUUAUUUAAAUGGCAGCCUGAUUGUUUACUCAUCAUUCUUUGUUGACUGUGAUAGCUUGAACGAUUCUGUCCUUAAUUCCCGUCCCCCGGUACAGAACUGACUGGGGACAGUGGGUGUCUGAUACUGACCGUCGUUAUAUAUUUACUGUGUCAGUAAUUGUAUAAGCUGUAAUAUUAUAUAUCUGUUCGAUUGAUGCUUUAUUUCUAUGAUAGUCAAAAUAUCUAAUCAAAUAAAUACAGUAGAAAUACUAUGUUGCAUAAUAAU